UUCCUGUUCUUAAAUUCCACGGCGGCGAUAUCUCCCUGCGGCAACGCAUGGCCAAUUCUGCCUCUCGCCGAUGUGUUCUCCAGCUGGGGCUGCUGCUCCUCAGCGGUGGCUUCUACUUGUCCUCGUCGGCCCCCGAGGAUGCUCGCGUCACUUACUUGCCAGGAUUCAAUGGAACGUUCCCAUCGGCUCACUAUGCCGGAUUUGUGACUGUAGAUGAGGACCAUGGGAGGAAGCUCUUCUACUACUUUGUGGUCUCCGAGAGAAGCCCCUCCAAGGAUCCGGUGGUGCUCUGGCUUAAUGGCGGACCGGGAUGCUCCAGCUUCGACGGCUUCGUUUAUGAGCAUGGUCCAUUCAAUUUUCAAUCGGGGGUGGCGAGUGGGAGUCUUCCACAGCUGCAUCUUAAUCCUUAUAGUUGGUCGAAGGUCUCUAACAUCAUCUAUUUGGACUCUCCGGCUGGAGUAGGAAUGUCAUACUCGACGGAUCAGUCGGACUACAAUACUGGGGAUCUGAAGACAGCUUCUGAUUCACACACCUUCCUUUUGAAGUGGUUUAGGGAAUAUCCAGAGUUCCUUGAAAAUCCAUUUUACAUUUCUGGAGAGUCGUAUGCUGGAGUUUACGUUCCAACUCUUGCUUCUGAAGUUGUUCAAGGAAUUAAAUCUGGCAUGACGCCUACUCUGAAUUUCAAGGGCUAUAUGGUUGGAAACGGUGUCACUGAUGAGGCAUUUGAUGGUGAUGCUCUUGUACCAUUUGCAUAUGGAAUGGGUCUUAUAUCAACCAACUUGUUUCAGGAGGUUAAUACUGCUUGUGAGGGAAGCUACUGGAAUCCAGAAAAUGAAAUCUGUGAAACCAAGCUACAAAAAGUUGAUAAGGCACUUGAGGACCUCAACAUUUAUGAUAUCCUUGAACCAUGCUACCAUAGGCCUGAAAUCAGGAAAGUUACCGUUCGUCAUAACAAGUUGCCAUCAAGUUUCAGAAGAUUGGGGGAGACCAAUCGACCGCUGCCUGUUCGAAAAAGAAUUUUUGGUCGUUCUUGGCCUCUGAGAGCUCCAGUAAGAGAAGGACAUGUCCCGACAUGGCCAGAACUUGGUAGUUCAGUUCCUUGUAUGGAUGAUGAAGUUGCAACUUCAUGGCUGAACAAUGAAGCAGUGAGAUCUGCAAUACAUGCUCAACCGGUAAGUGUAGUGGGUCCAUGGGAGUUGUGUACAGAUAAUAUUUCCUUCCAGCAUGAUGCUGGAAGUAUGAUCAAGUAUCACAAGAACCUUACAUAUGGUGGUUACCGUGCACUCAUAUUCAGUGGCGACCAUGAUAUGUGUGUACCUUACACUGGUAGCCAAGCAUGGACUCGGUCACUGGGAUAUCAAGUCCUAGAUGAGUGGAGACCUUGGUAUUUCGAUAAACAAGUUGCUGGAUACACCCAAGGCUACGAGCAUAAUCUUACCUUUCUUACCAUAAAGGGUUCUGGUCAUACUGUUCCUGAAUACAAGCCGAGAGAGGCAUUGGCCUUCUACGCACGUUGGUUGGCAGGCGGAAGUAUUUGAAACAGAAAAUGUUCAAAUUCCAUUGCAUUCCUUCAUGGAAUCAUGUGUUUGGUUAAAUGUGACCCACAAAAUUCGGUGCACCAUGAGGAAAUUGUUGCAGCUAAUUUCGAUAUGUUUGAAUUAUAGUUAAUCUCUUACAAUCCUGCAAUGUCAAACUCCAAGGAGACAAUUAUAUUAUGUCAGAAUGCACUUACUUUUGUACUA